AUGGCGCCGCCGGGCGACAUCCAAGCCGCACCGUCGGAGCAGCCGGCGCUCCAGGACGAGCUCCUCGAGGAGAUCCUCCUUCGCCUGACGGCGGCCGCCGACCUCGCCCGCGCCUCGACGGUGUGCCCCACCCCGCGCCGCGUCAUCACCGACCACUCCUUCCUCCGCCACUUACGCACCCUCCACCCGCCGCCUCUCCUCGACAUAAUUUCCGUGAGCUUCCGUCCGGCCCAGCACCCCCAUCCCUUCGCCGCCGCCGCCCGCGCCUUGGACACUGUGGAGGUUGAUUUAUGGUGCUCCUUCCUCCCCUCUACCAAGCGAUGGUGCCACCGUGACUUCCAUGAUGGACGCGCCCUCUUCUCUGGCAUUCCUGAGGGAAGCAGCUACGCUCCCGGCGAUUACAAGCGCGGCAAAUUCGCCAGGGAGUUCGCUGUCUGUGACCCCCUGUACCGGCGCUACCGUAUGCUGCCUGCCAUUCUCGACGAACUAGCCGUGCUAGUUCAUCAACCGGACAUCCUGAACUUCGAGUCCUUCCUUGCUCCUCCUGGCGAUGAUGAAGACACCUCUUCAUUCAGAGUAAUGUGCCUAGCGCAGUGCACAACCAAGCUGGUCCUCUUCGUCUUCUCUUCCGGUGCCGGCGAAUGGGGUGCUGUUACCUUUGACGGCUGGAUCGCUUUGGUGACAAGUCCUGACAACCAGCCUCCAGCCUCUCACUUGACAUGGGCGUCAGGGCGCUACUACGUGCACAAAUGCUUCUGUUGGGCUGUUUAUCCAUCCAACAGGUUGCUCAUGCUUGACACGCGCACCAUGGAGUUCUUUGCUGUCGACCUCCCACGUCAACGUGUCCCUGGCCAAAUGAUCCCAAUAAUGGCUUGUCAACGUGUCCCUGGCCAAAUGAUCCCAAUAAUGGCUUUUGUAGAGGCAGGGGAAGGAAUGCUUGGGAUGUUUACUCUUGUGAGUCGAAUUGAUAAUGAUAGGCAUUACCUCCACUAUACCAAGUUGCAGAAAGAUGGAGAUGGUGCAAACAAGUGGCAAUCUGUGGCGGUAAUCUCCUUGCCCUUGCAUUAUCGAUAUACAAUCAUGGGUGUAGCUGGGGGAUACUUACUCCUGCAAGGGAUUCCAGAAGACAUGCUUUCGACCCCUUUGCCACUGAUGUCUACUACACAACCUUCUUCUUGUAGACUUUGUUGGGCCUCCAAGUACAGAGGAGGCGUAGGAUGA